UAAAUUCUAAACAGCUAUUUGAUGGGCUUAGAGUGUGGGAUUUGGGGCUCAAAGAAUAGUGCUUAGAUAAUCUUUUAGGCAAUUAGAUUUAUUCAACUGGGGUCUUUCUGACUCUUCCGUGAGCGUUGGUAAUUGAGACUCCAAGUUCUCUAGCUCUAUUUAAGAUGUCAACUCUGAGUUUAGCAGAAACGGUAGAAGCGAUCUCUCCAGCAUGAGUUUGGUUGUUCAUCAACAAGAUUUCAAUAUCGCUCAAAUUAUUGAUGAGGAAUUUCCUGAGACCACCUUUAAUUUGGUGUCUGGUUGCAUUAUUGUUCUUAUAUCCAAUGUUGACCAUUCUGACAGUGCCUCUGAAUCUUCUUCUAACACAAGAGUCAAUACCUCUUGGCUUUCUCCAUGAUUCUCCAACUCUCAUGUAUCUAUCAGAGUGGUGUCUCUUGAAUGCUUUGAGUCUUUUGACUACUUUUUUCUUGUCAUUGAGCUUGUAUGAACCCAUUGUUGCUAAUAAUCUAAAAUAAUAACUAAUUUUGUCAAU